GAGGUGCCGGUUUCACUUCCGGGUGCUGACCCCUGCUCAGGACAUGUGUAGAUCAUCAUCGCCGCUGGAUAAACUAAACCAGCAGGAAAUAACUUUACGAUCUGUUUCCGGCGCAGCUGCUACGAACUUUUCAUUUUGACGGUACACAACCGACGUGUCUGUGGUUCUGGAGUAAAGGAGCCUCACCGAUGACACCGGAGUCAGCCUGAGUGGAGCAGACGGUGGUUUCUAAUCUCACCGGUGAAGAUGUUCCGACAGACGAAGGCGAUGCUGCGCAACCUCCGGAAUCUGCGUCUCCGUGGAGGACAGCAGAGUGCUUGGAGGCUCAAGAGCACUUCGGCAGAGAGAGCUCUUCAGUACCGAGCAGGACAGAAGAUCCACGGAUUCACAGUCAGGGAGGUCGCCCCCGUCCCCGACUUGUUCCUCACGGCGGUGAAGCUGACUCAUGACAAAACCGGAGCUCAGUACCUUCAUGCAGCCAGAGACGACUCCAACAACCUCUUCAGUGUCCAGCUCAGGACGACGCCCAUGGACAGCACGGGCGUCCCCCACAUCCUGGAGCACACGGUGCUGUGUGGAUCGGAGAAGUAUCCCUGCAGAGACCCUUUCUUCAAGAUGCUCAACAGGUCUCUGUCCACCUUCAUGAACGCCUUCACAGCCAGUGACUACACCAUGUAUCCGUUCUCAACCCAGAAUGGAAAGGACUUCCAGAACCUUCUGUCCGUCUAUCUGGACGCUGUCUUCUUCCCUUGUUUACGAGAGCAGGACUUCUGGCAGGAGGGCUGGAGGCUGGAGAACGAAGACCCCACAGAUCCCAGAUCCCCUCUGAUGUUUAAAGGAGUGGUGUUCAAUGAGAUGAAGGGCGUGUUUUCGGACAACGAGAGUGUGUACGCCCAGCACCUUCAGAACAAGCUGUAUCCAGACCACACCUACUCUGUGGUGUCGGGGGGAGAACCGCUGGUCAUCCCCGACCUCACCUGGGAGCAGCUCAAACAGUUCCACGCCACGCACUACCACCCCAGCAACGCCAGGUUCUUCACUUAUGGAGAUUUGCCUCUGGAGCAGCAUCUGCAGCAGAUCGAAGAGGAAGCUCUGUCCAAGUUCCAACGCAUCGAGCCGAACACGGACGUCCCCCCCCAGCCUCACUGGAGCAGCCCUAGAGAGGACCACGUGACCUGCAGCCCUGAUGCUCUGGCGCCAGAUCCCGCCCGGCAGAACUCGCUGUGUGUGAGCUACCUGCUGGGAGACAUCACCAACACGUUUGAGGGAUUCACUCUCAGUCUGCUGUCCGACCUGAUGAUCUCCGGGCCAAACUCUCCCUUCUACAAAGCUCUGAUCGAACCCAAGAUAGGAACCGACUUCUCCUCUGUUGUAGGAUACGACGGCAGCACCAAGGAAGCGUCGUUCAGCAUCGGUCUGCAGGGAAUGGCUGAGGAGGACACGGAGAGGGUGAAACAAAUCAUCAGCCAAACCAUGGACGACAUUAUCCAGAACGGCUUCGUGGAGGAAAGAAUCGAGGCGCUCCUCCAUAAGAUCGAGAUCCAAAUGAAACACCAGUCCACCAACUUCGGUCUGUCCUUAGCUUCGUACAUAGCGUCGGCGUGGAACCAUAACGGUGACCCGGUGCAGCUGCUGCAGAUCAGCGCCAGCGUUGCCAAGUUCAAACAAGCCCUGGUGGAAAACCCUCGCUUUCUGCAGGACAAAGUCAAACACUACUUCAAGGAGAACACACACAGACUGACCCUGUCCAUGAGCCCAGAUGAAGCCUACCUGGAGAAACAGGCCAAGGCUGAGGAGGAGAAGCUCCAGAGGAAGAUCCAGGCUCUGUCCGACAGCGACCGGAAGGAGAUCUAUGAGAAAGGUCUGGAACUGCUGGCUGCUCAGAGUACAACCCAGGACGUCUCCUGUUUGCCGGCACUCAAAGUGUGUGACAUCGAGCCGAAGAUCAGCCCCACCGCUGUUCAGAUGGGCUCUGCAGGAGGAGUGCCGGUUCAGUUCUGUGAGCAGCCCACCAACGGUUUGGUUUACUUCAGAGCCAUGUGCAGUCUCAACACGCUGCCGGAGGACCUCAGGCUUUAUGUCCCGCUCUUCUGCAGCGUUAUCACCAGGAUGGGCUCCGGAGAUCUGGACUACAGGCAACAGGCCCAGCAGAUGGAGCUGAGGACCGGAGGCAUGUCCGUCUCCACCCAGGUCGUCCCUGACUCCACGCAGCUGGACAUGUACGAGCAGGGCGUCCUGCUGUUCUCCUCCUGCCUGGAGAGGAACCUCCCCCACAUGUUCCAGCUGUGGAGCGACAUCUUCAACAGUCCCCACUUUGAUGACGAGGAGCGCCUGCGAGUGCUGGUGAUGAGGGCAGCACAGGAACUGGCCAAUGGGAUCUCGAACUCUGGGCACAUGUACGCGAUGACCCGUGCCGGCCGUCACCUGACCCCAGCCGGAGACCUCCAGGAGACCUUCGGGGGAAUGGAACAGGUGAAGUUUAUGAAGAGGAUUGCCGAGAUGUCAGACCUCACCCCAGUUAUCAGAACAUUACCCAGAAUCAAAAAGCAUCUGCUCAACCCCGACAACAUGAGAUGUGCAGUCAACACAACUCCGCAGAAACUGUCAGACACAGCAGCACAGCUGGAGAGCUUCAUCCGGGACGUCGCUAUAAACAGGAAACAACGCAAACCUGCCAGAGCGAACAUAUUUGAGAGGCCACUCGACCCGCUCGACGAAUCCGGACCGAGCAGGAAACUUAUCUCUGAGCAGAAUUUCCAGCCGUGUCAGAUGAAAACCUUCUUCCAGAUGCCGUUUCCUGUGAAUUUUGUGAGCGAGAUUAUCCGGACGGUGCCGUUCGCCCACGAGGACUACGCCAGUUUGUGUGUCUUGGCGAGGAUGAUGACGGCUAAAUAUCUCCACGGGGAGAUCCGAGAGAAAGGCGGAGCCUACGGCGGCGGCGCCAGGAUGGGAGGAGGCGGCCUGUUCACCUUUUACUCGUACAGGGACCCCAACUCAGUGCAGACGCUCUCUGCGUUCCGUAGAGGUGUCGACUGGGCCAAGUCGGGACCGUUCACCCAGCAGGACAUCGACGAGGCCAAGCUGUCGAUCUUCUCCGCUGUGGACGCCCCGGUGGCCCCCGCGGGCAAAGGAUCGGGUCGUUUCCUCAGUGGCAUCACAGACGAGAUGAAGCAGAGUCACAGAGAAAGACUCUUCGCUGUCACUCAUAAAAACUUGGUGGACGUGGCCGAAAGGUAUCUGAGCGUCGGUCAGAGGACGUGCGGCGUCUCCAUCCUCGGCCCAGAGAAUGAGACGAUUAAGAAAGAUCCCUCGUGGAUUGUAAAAUAAUCUAUAUUUAUUAAUUAGAGACUUGACUGAACCUCCA